ACCCUGUUCCUGUUUCAAGUUGUAAGUGCAAGACUAAAACAACAUUAUAAGUAAAGAAUAUUGAAGUUGUCUAAAUCAAUACCAACAUGAACAUAUCAUGCGCGAGUACAUAACUGAUAAGUUACAAGAGGUCAAGUCGUUAUCUAUUUAAGCGUGUACUCGUUAUAGAUGUUACAGUUCAGUUUAUAAUUUACAAGAAGUUACAACGAGUUGCUGUUUAUAAUGAAGCUUUCUAUAAUUUUUGUAUGUUGUUUAAUAUCAACAAUACUCUAUUCAGUGGAAGGUGGAUUGGUCAAAGAUUUUUUUGGAAAGGUUAAAGAAACAGCAGAAGUAAUCCAUAAAGAUGUACAUAAUGUCUGGAGACCUGAAAGUGGUAACGCCGAAAAGAACAACACAGAGCAAACCGUGACUACUCCUAGUGCAGCCAAGGAUGGUCAUGACGAAAACGAGGACAAUAAAGAAGGAGAACACAAGAUAAUUACACCUUCUUCAACCACGGUGACAAAAGAACACGAAGCAAAGGAGGAUAAACCCGAAGAAACAACAACGGCAGCAUCUGAAACUACAACGAAAAAAGACGAAAGAGCGAAUUUCUCAGGAGCAUGCCAGGCUAAUUACAGACGUACUGCUGACGGCCGAUGCAAGCUUGUUGGUGCUUGACAAAUUGAAAUAAUAUAUAAUAAAUAAAAAUUGUUAAAAGAUGAUUCAUACUGUGCCCGGCCCGAGUGCUAGCCGGCUCUCGGUCCAUAGGUUUAUUACAUUAUUAUUACAUCUGAGGUUUUCUGGUAUACUUUGUGUAUUCCUUCCUAAUCGUGUAAGUGACAUAACGUCUACAAUUACCUAAUCCGCAAAAUAUUCACGGUAAUUUAUUAUUAUUAAGCACAACACAUUGGAUACCUACCAAUUUAUGUAUUUGCAUAUAGGAACUUAACGAAUAACUUCCCAUUGUGAAUCAUUCGUAUAUUUACAGUCUACUCAAAACCUCUGUUAUAAAAAGUUAUUUUAAAUAUAUACUCAUUAUAUGUAUGUGUAUACAUAUGUGUUACAUUAAGUGAUUAUAGCAUCUGAUCUGCAUGUAAUGUAAAAAAUAAAUAAAUAAAGUAUGAACCUAUAA